CCUCGCGCAGCUCUCGGCGCAAUGGAUCCGGCGUUGGCCGCGCAGAUAAGCGAGGCGGUGGUGAAGAAGAUGCUCCAGUACCGGCGAGACGAGUCAGGAUGGAAGAUUUGCCGGGAAGGCAACGGAGUUUCAGUUUCCUGGAGGCCGUCUGUGGAGUUUCCAGGGAACCUGUACCGAGGAGAAGGCAUUGUGAAUGGGACACCAGAGCAGGUGUGGGACUGUGUGAAGCCACUUGCUGGGACCCUACGAGAUAAGUGGGAUGAGAAUGUGAACAGUUUUGAAAUUAUCGAAAGCAUCACUGAUACACAGUGCGUCAGCAGAACCACCACCCCUUCGGCCGUCAUGAAGCUCAUCUCUCCCAGAGACUUUGUGGACCUGGUGCUGGUCAAGACGUAUGAGGAUGGGACCAUCAGUUCCAAUGCCACCAGCGUGGAGCAUCUGUUAUGUCCCCCAAAGCCAGGUUAUGUGAGAGGAUUUAACCAUCCCUGUGGUUGCUUCUGUGGACCUCUGCCAGGGGAGCCCGACAAGACCAGCCUGAUCACGUUCUUCCAGACCGACCUCAGCGGUUACCUUCCGCAGGGCGUGGUGGACUCCUUCUUUCCCCGCAGCAUGGCCGGGUUUUACGCCAACCUCCAGAAAGCAGUGAAGAAAUUCUAUGGCUGA